AAAAAAAAAAAAAUAAUAAAAAACAUUUGUCACUGCACAAUAAUAAAAACACAAUUGUUUGUCAUUAGAUUAGUUGUUAAUUAUUUCAUUGUUUUGUACAUUUAAAUAAUAUAGAUUAAUUUAUUAAAAAUGACAGUGGAGUUGAAAAAUUUUUUACAACAAAUUAUGCAAAGUGUUGAUGGUCUUCAUGGUAUAUUGAUAACAGACAGAGAUGGUGUACCAGUUGUAUCAGUUUCGAAUGACAAUGUACCAGAUGUAGCAACAAGACCAAGUUUUUUAUCAACAUUUGGAAUGGCAACUGAUCAAGGCAGUAAACUUGGCCUUGGAAAAAAUGAAACAAUUAUUUGCAUGUACACUGGUUAUCAAGUGGUACAGAUGAAUAAAUUGCCUCUUGUUGUCAGUUUCAUAGCAUCAAUUGAAAGCAAUACAGGUCAUAUAUUAUCACUUGAAGAUAGAAUUGAUCCUAUUCUUUGUAAACUUAAAAAUGCUGUUGUAGAAGCUUGA